AUGAGUGGAACCAGCAGGAGACACUCAAAGAUCACGGAUGACCACGGUGGAGUGGUGCCUUCUUGUGUAGGCCAAGGCCUGUUGCAGGACUAUCUGGUGGAAGGUCCAUGGAGGACUCAAGUCAGAGCGGUCCAAGGCCCGCCAGGACCCCCAGGACCUCCUGGAGCGCCUGGCUUCAGCCGAGUGAUGGCGUCUUACGGCAACAUCACCGCUGACCUCAUGGACUUCUUCAGAGCUCACGGCACCGUCCCCGGUCCUGCAGGAGGUCCCGGACCAAAAGGAGACAGAGGCUUCCCCGGACCCCGGGGAGACAAAGGUGAAUCAGGACGUCCAGGAAUACCAGGAAUACCAGGAUCCUACACCAUCCAAAUACCACAUCGCGUACAGAAGAGAGAUUCAGGAAGUCAAGUGAUGAGACGGGGUAAGAGCGGCGUGAGAGCUGACGGCUAAAACCUCAACAGAAGCGAAGCCAAAGAAAAAGCUUAUUGUAGAAAUGCAACUACAACAAUAAAAAACCUGCUUUAUUAAUAAUUCAUGAGCUUGAUGCUGCUGCUCAGUGUCGUAGUUUCCAUCUCUGACAUCAAUACUGGCUUUGGCGUUUUAAAGAACAUAUUUUAGCUCGUUAGAAGACUAAACAACUAUUCUACUGUAUCGAGGUCAAUUACUGUUUGUUGUAUAAAAUAUUUCAAAUGUUGCAGUAAGAUUAGUUAGCGCGCUUAUGACCUAUUGUUGACUUGAAUCAAAAACAUUUUUUAAAAAAAGCCAAAAGCUAGUUUGAGGGAUUUAGAUUGUAUAUUUUUGUAUGAGCUCACUGACUUUGUUGUACGUCACAUUUUCAAACAAUAAAUGAUCAAAGUGC